AUGGGUAUCUUCACCAUCUUCGCCACCUUGCGCAAAUCCAACAUCUUCAACCUGGUCUUCCGGUCCCUGCAACUCAUCGACGCCCUCGUCGUGAUCGGCAUGUACGCGGUGGACCUGAACAACGCGGCCAAGGCAGACAAGUACGCCGACGCAAAAUGGGUCUUUGCCGUCACCGUCGGGUCGCUCGCGGCCGUGACGUCGCUCAUCUUCUCGCUCGCCAGCAUCUUCUUCCACUACCGCACCGUCGCCCUGCUGUUCGCGUGGGACUGGGUUCUGACCAUCCUCUUCGCGACCCUGUCCGGCAUCUUCGGCUCCAUGUACAUCGGCGAGAAGGUCGAGUAUGAGAACGGCAUUCAGCGCAUGAAGACCGCCGUCGGGUUCGACCUGGCCGGGCUGGUCUUGUGGUUCGUGACGGCCGCGUUUGGCACGUGGUGGUUCGUCUCGGAGAGAAGGAGGGAGAGACGGGGACGUGGUGCCAAGGCGUGA